CACAAUUCAGUCCACAAGGUGGCGGUAAUGAACCUGUGAGUUACAUGCUGAGCGCGAUUUGCACACGGAAAAAGAAGAAGCAGGACGCGGUGGAUAGGGAACAAAGGACGAGUGGGGCUGACCGGUAUGGGAAUAGCUUUUGCUGUGUGAGAAGAAUCUGCAGCCACGAUGUCAAAACGACCAUCAUAUGCUCCUCCCCCUCCCCCAGCCCCAACAACACAAAUGCCUUCCACCCCUGGGUUUGUGGGCUACAACCCUUACAGCCAUCUGGCCUACAACAACCUCCGACUGGGAGGGAGCUCCGGAGGCUCCGGCAGGAACUCCUCAGGCAUCACCGUCCCAAAGCCACCUAAGCCACCAGACAAGCCGCUGAUGCCUUACAUGCGGUACAGCCGGAAGGUAAGCAGGAAGGUAUGGGACCAAGUGAAGGCGUCCAACCCAGACCUGAAGCUGUGGGAAAUCGGGAAGAUCAUUGGGGGGAUGUGGAGAGACCUGACGGAUGAAGAGAAGCAGGAUUAUCUGAACGAGUACGAGGCAGAGAAAAUUGAGUAUAACGACUCACUCAAGGCCUACCACAACUCUCCAGCCUACUUGGCUUACGUCAAUGCUAAGAACCGAGCGGAGGCCGCCAUGGAGGAGGAGAGUCGACAGAGGCAGAGCCGUAUGGACAAAGGCGACCCGUACAUGAGCAUUCAGCCUGCCGAAGACCCCGAUGACUACGACGAUGGCUUUUCGGUGAAGCACACAGCAGCUGCUCGCUUCCAGCGAAACCACCGGCUCAUCAGUGACAUCCUCAGUGAGUUCGUGGUGCCUGAUGUCCGCUCAGUGGUCACCACAGGACGCAUGCAGGUCCUCAAGAGGCAGGUCCAGUCUCUAAUGGUCCACCAGAGAAAGCUGGAGGCUGAACUUCUGCAGAUUGAGGAUCGUCACCAAGACAAGAAAAGACGUUUCCUGGAGACCACCGACACGUUCAACACUGAACUCAAAAGGCUGUGCAGUCAGAAGGUGGAGGUGGACAUGGAGAAGCUCGCAGCUGAGAUGGCAGCAGCUGAGGAGGCCGCUCGUCGCCGGGCGGAGGAGAGGGAGCGUGAGGCAGCAGAGCAGGCGGAGAAGGCUGCUCAGCAGGCGGCGCAGCAGCAGCAGGAUGCUGAACAAAAUGGUGCUAAUGCUAAAACCACAGCUAACGCCGAUUCAGGGACCAAGGAGGAAGACAUGCCCCAACCGAUGGACACAGAUAAAGCAGCGGCUGCUGGACCAUCCUCGGACCCCCACCCUGCUCCUCCACCCUCGUCUGAUCCUCCAUCUUCUGCCUCUGACAAAGCUUCCCCUCCACCCGACCAAACCAGGGAGAGCAGCACCCCCAGCAGCAACGCCCCCAGUGACGACAGCAACAGCAGCAGCAGCAUCAGCAUGCCGGCCCCACCCUCGGAGACCAGCCCCGCCGCAGCUGCCGUUGACCCGCCGCCCGCCCAGGAGACUCACACCCCCGCGCCCAACCCCAACGUACCCGCGGGAGCUCCUCCUCCACCUGCCUCAGAGGAUCCGGCACCUCCACCACCACCGCCGCUACUGCCCCCCACCCAGAGCAGCCAACAGUUUGAUAUGUAAGAGUCUGCAGCUGCACCUCCGUUUAAAUUCCAUAGAUAGAGAAGAUGGAGGCCCUGUCCUGCAGCAGACGUUGGACUGGAAACACACAGUCGAUGGUCACUGGACCAGGUGGGAACAAGAAUGGAAAGUGUUGUUUGUCUGAACAGGGCCAGAGAGAGAGAGAGAGAGAGGUCAGUGAUGCAUGGCAGAUUCUCUUUUUAGUCUAUUUAACCAAUAAUUAACACGCGAUUAAUUUGAAGAGCCCAGGUUUUCCCUUCCAUCAUUUAGCUUCGUGUACACAACAUGUGUGUAACUGCAUCAUCAUCUGUAGUUCCUGACUGACGUGUCACCAAAGAGCACAUUCUGAUCUCAAAAAGAAAUAUUUUUAACCUGUAACUUAAAUGGACUCAGAUAACUGCGAACAGGCAGCUGUAACUCCACUGGCUGUUUUAUACCAGGACCCCAGUCAACACCUCACAAUGACUGUUACCACUCUAUUACCUCCAGAGACGUCAGGCCCUCAGUGGAAGGUCAAACCGUUCACUCAGAGGAUUUUUCUGUCACCGGCUGCUGUAACCCACCGACCGCGCUCAUUAAUUAUCAAAGCAGGUCCCACUCCUCUCUGUCUCUGUACCUUUAAAGUGACCUGACUCAUCACUGACUUUUAUUUUUUUUGGUCUCGCCUCGUCCUCACGCCUACACUGUAAAUAAGAAAACAUUAAGCAUAAAUGUCUGGUUAUUUAAACGGCCCGUAACUGUAGUUUGGAGACACCAACAGGCCGAGAAUCUUCCUGGUUUGUUUUUUAACUGAAGCGUUUCUUCUUUUCUCCUCGAUGGGUAAAACGCUGAGUGGACACGUGCACGCUACUGUGAGAAGAAGAAUGCUGUACUUUGUUCUGUGGUGUGACAGUAAGAAGAGAGUCAACUGGUUUAUUUUUUCCAUAUAAUAACUGCGUAUACACUUGGCUUCUUAUCCGCUGUCGACUCGGUACUCGUGAUGUUCCUCAGUCUCGGUGAAGAAAAGAAAAAAAAAACCCUUUAAAUCGACCUGAACGUUGAGGCAGAAAUGACACCCGGGCUGCAAACCUCCUGUUUCGUAUUUCUCUCAGAGUUGAAAUGGAAAAUUCUGCCGAUAAAAGAUGACAUUGCAUGAAAAAAAAACAUCCAACGGAACCG